CCUUCCAGUCGCGGUAGCUUUGACAGGGCGCGAUGGCGGCGACCGGGUCUGCAGCGGUGCCGGUGACCGUGUCGGAAAAACAAGAGUUUUACCAGCUUCUGAAGAACCUGAUCAAUCCAAGCUGUAUGGUGCGGAGACAAGCAGAGGAAGUCUAUGAGAACAUCCCAGGUCUGUGUAAGACCACAUUCCUCUUAGACGCCGUCCGAAACAGAAGAGCAGGUUAUGAGGUGAGACAAAUGGCUGCCGCACUGCUACGACGGCUUUUGUCCUCUGGGUUUGAGGAGGUCUAUCCAAAUCUGCCUUCUGAAGUGCAGAGGGAUGUCAAGAUUGAACUGAUACUGGCUGUUAAGUUAGAAACACAUGCUAGCAUGAGGAAAAAGCUUUGUGAUAUUUUUGCGGUGCUGGCCAGGAAUUUGAUAGAUGAGGAUGGCACUAACCACUGGCCAGAAGGUCUGAAAUUCCUUAUUGAUUCGAUUCACUCCAAAAAUGUGGUUCUGUGGGAAGUUGCACUUCAUGUAUUCUGGCACUUUCCUGGGAUUUUGGGGAACCAAGAUCGCCACGAUUUGGAUAUCAUCAAAAGAUUAUUGGACCAGUGUAUUCAAGAUCAAGAGCAUCCAGCAAUCAGGACAUUAUCCGCCAGAGCUGCAGCUGCAUUUGUACUUGCUAAUGAAAACAACAUUGCUCUUUUUAAAGACUUUGCAGACUUGCUUCCUGGGAUCUUGCAGGCUGUGAAUGAUUCAUGCUACCAAGAUGAUGAUUCUGUGCUAGAAUCCCUUGUUGAGAUUGCAGAUACUGUACCUAAGUACUUGGGUCCCUAUUUAGAAGACACUCUGCAGUUAAGCCUGAAGUUAUGUGGAGACUCUAGGCUAAGUAAUCUACAACGACAGCUAGCUCUGGAAGUAAUAGUGACCCUAUCUGAAACUGCAACGCCAAUGUUGAAGAGAUAUACAAACAUUAUUGCACAAGCAGUUCCUCAUAUAUUAGCAAUGAUGGUUGAUCUGCAAGAUGAUGAGGACUGGGUAAAUGCUGAUGAAAUGGAAGAAGAUGAUUUUGACAGCAAUGCAGUUGCUGCUGAGAGUGCACUAGACAGACUGGCCUGUGGGCUUGGUGGAAAAGUUGUUUUACCGAUGACCAAGGAGCCUAUCAUGCAAAUGCUUCAGAGCCCUGACUGGAAAUGUCGACAUGCUGGAUUAAUGGCUUUGUCUGCCAUCGGAGAAGGUUGCCAUCAGCAAAUGGAACCAAUUCUAGAUGAAACUGUCAACUCAGUUUUGCUUUUUCUUCAGGAUCCUCAUCCAAGGGUGAGGGCUGCAGCCUGUACUACACUUGGACAGAUGGCUACAGACUUUGCACCUAAUUUCCAAAAGAAAUUCCAUGAACUAGUGAUUACAGCAUUGUUACGCACCAUGGAAAAUCAAGGUAAUCAGCGUGUGCAAUCUCAUGCAGCUUCUGCUCUGAUUAUUUUUAUUGAAGACUGUCCUAAACCAUUGCUAGUUCUAUAUUUGGAUAAUAUGGUGAAAAGUCUACAUUCCAUCUUGGUGAUUAAACUUCAGGAGCUGAUUCGGAAUGGAACUAAGUUGGCCUUAGAGCAACUUGUGACAACCAUUGCCUCAGUUGCAGAUACAAUAGAAGAAAGCUUUGUUCCCUAUUAUGAUAUAUUUAUGCCCUCACUCAAGCAUGUUGUUGAGCUUGCUGUUCAAAAGGAACUCAAGGUUCUGCGAGGAAAAACAAUUGAGUGCAUUAGCCAUGUUGGUCUUGCUGUUGGGAAGGCAAAAUUUAUGCAAGAUGCAUCAAAUGUGAUGCAUUUAUUGUUGAAGACUCAAGAAGACUUAAAUAAUAUGGAAGAUGAUGACCCUCAGACCUCUUAUAUGGUUUCAGCAUGGGCUAGAAUGUGCAAAAUUCUUGGAAAAGAUUUUCAACAGUAUCUUCCACUGGUUAUUGAGCCUCUUAUUAAGACUGCAUCAGCUAAACCUGAUGUUGCUCUCUUAGACACACAAGAUGUGGAGAACAUGAGUGAUGAUGAUGGCUGGCAGUUCGUAAAUCUUGGAGACCAGCAAAGUUUUGGAAUUAAAACUUCAGGACUUGAAGCCAAAGCAACUGCUUGCCAGAUGUUGGUUUACUAUGCUAAGGAACUAAGAGAAGGAUUUGUGGAAUAUACUGAACAAGUUGUGAAGCUGAUGGUGCCUUUGCUGAAAUUUUACUUUCAUGACAAUGUUCGAGUGGCAGCUGCAGAGGCCAUGCCUUUUCUCUUGGAAUGUGCAAAAAUCCGUGGUCCAGAGUAUCUUUCACAGCUGUGGCAGUUUAUAUGUGAUCCCUUAAUCAAGGCUAUUGGGACUGAACCCGAUACAGAUGUGCUCUCAGAAAUAAUGAAUUCUUUUGCAAAGUCCAUUGAGGUCAUGGGAGAUGGGUGCCUUAAUGAUGAACACUUGGAAGAACUGGGAGGAAUUUUGAAGACAAAACUCGAAGGGCACUUUAAAAACCAAGAAAUACGGCAAGUUAAAAGGCAAGAAGAAAAUUACGACCAACAGGUUGAAAUGUCCCUACAAGAUGAGGAUGAAUGUGAUGUUUAUAUUCUGACCAAAGUAUCAGAUAUUUUGCACUCAUUAUUUAGUACUUAUAAGGAAAGGAUUCUGCCAUGGUUUGAACAGCUACUUCCGUUAAUUGUAAAUCUAAUUUGUUCAAGUAGGCCAUGGCCAGACAGACAGUGGGGAUUGUGCAUCUUUGAUGAUAUUAUAGAGCACUGCAGUCCAACCUCAUUUAAAUAUGUUGAGUAUUUUCGGUGGCCCAUGCUACUCAAUAUGCGGGAUAACAACCCUGAAGUCAGGCAAGCUGCUGCUUAUGGACUGGGUGUUAUGGCACAGUUUGGUGGAGAUGAUUAUCGUUCUUUAUGUUCAGAAGCUGUUCCACUGCUGGUUAAAGUCAUUAAGUGUGCAAACUCCAAAACCAAAAAAAAUGUCAUUGCUACAGAGAACUGUAUCUCAGCUAUAGGAAAGAUUUUGAAGUUUAAGCCUAACUGUGUAAAUGUAGAUGAAGUUCUUCCUCACUGGUUAUCAUGGCUUCCACUGCAUGAAGAUAAAGAGGAAGCUAUUCAGACUUUAAGUUUCCUCUGUGACUUAAUUGAAAGUAACCACCCAGUUGUAAUUGGUCCAAAUAAUUCCAAUCUUCCCAAAAUAAUCAGUAUAAUCGCAGAAGGAAAGAUUAACGAGACUAUUAACUAUAAAGAUCCUUGUGCCAAACGCCUAGCUAAUGUUGUUCGUCAGAUAAAGACUUCUGAAGAAUUAUGGUUGGAAUGCAUAUCCCACCUGGAUGAAGAACAGCAGGAAGCCUUACAGGAAUUACUAAAUUUUGCUUGAAGCACUUUAAUAUCACUUGAAUGUCAUCUCUCAUAAAAGUAACUACAAAAAGUGUUGUGAGUGGAUUCCAUCAUAAUAGUAGAACUAUUUUCUCUCUGCUAAGCAGUUUGUGUUUCUUCCCCAUGUUUCUCCAAGAUUAGCCAGUGUUACAGUCUUCUCUUUAUUUUGCAUGUGUCAUCUCUUAAACUGUAGUUGUAACUUGUGCUUCCAGUUGUCUUAGAGUGUUGUCACCUUUCUCCUAUUUGGUGUGACAUAUUUAAACUGUUGCUAUUUGAACUGUUGAUGCUGAACAAGUAUACUUGGUGCCAAGAUGUCAUGUGACUAUCACAAGAUGCUAAGAGAUCACAAAGUUAGGAAAGUUUCCAGGACAAACAUUUCUGGAAUUGAGGGUGAAGAAAUCAGUGGCAGGCUAAUUCGUCUGUGAUAAUACUGAUUGUUACAGUAAUGGAAAAAUGCUAGAACACAGCCUAAAGAUAUUGCAGUGGGUAUAGGAGGGUUUUUCUAAAGCAUACAUGAACCUUUUUGUAUAGAACUGAGAACUGGUUGGGACAUACCUAAAUUCCAGUUCCCAAGGUGUCCAACUAAGAGUUACAAGAAGGUUUAAAUCUCCUUAACCAAAUUGAUCUUUAUUAAAAAAAAUGUAUCGAGAACUGAAAGUUUCAUGGUUACUGAGGACAAAGUAUUGGUACAUCUAACAUUGAAAGCAUGUAGCGUACUAUACCAUAGAGCUUGACGAAUAGUAGUAUUUUGGGGAGUAAGUUAUUGUUAUGUGUUUCAGCAGACUACUGCUUUGUGUAAGUAUGUCAUUUUCCCCCUGCCAAACAGCUUGACAAAGAGAAGCCUUUAUUCAGAAUAGGGGUUAAAUAGAUUUCUAUUUUGAAGCAGUUCCUAACAGAUUCUAUAGUAGCAGUGUAACAAACUUUAAACAUUAUAAAGACAGCUUCAAGACUAGUUACGUAUCAGUAUAUGUGCAUUAAGAAGCAGCUCUGUGAAUUUAGGGUCAAUUAAAUGUAAUGUCUUCAAUGUUCAAGGUUUUGUGUUGGGUAGAAAAAAACUUCCAUUCAAACUUACAAACAAGUAUGUCUGUUGUGAUUUCCUGAGCCUCUUGUUAGUGCUAUGUUUGUAAAGUAUCAAAUAUUUAAGACCUAGUAGGUGCUCAAUAAAUUGUCAGUGUUAUUGCUGUC